ACUCUUUGUAUUAGCUAUAUAUAGCUUGUAGUGAGUUGUUAAAAGGACACCAUUAUCACUCUUUGUGAAGUCCAGUAAUCUCAUCCCAAAUCCAUCCGAUCAUCUCUUUGUUCCCUUUCUCGGUUAGUUUCCUCUGAUUAAACAAUGGAAAAGAUUCAGCACAGCCAUGUACAAGUGCAAGGAUUAAAGCUUCAUGUGGCUCAGAUUGGAACAGGUCCUAAGGUGGUGCUUUUCCUACAUGGCUUCCCGGAAAUUUGGUAUUCAUGGAGGCACCAGAUGAUUGCCGUCGCUAAUGCUGGCUUCCGAGCAGUUGCUUUUGAUUGCAGGGGCUAUGGACUCUCCGACCAGCCACCGGAGCCCGAAAAAGCUAACUUCAAUGACCUUGCCGAUGAAGUUGUUGCGCUUCUCGAUUCCUUGGCCAUUGAUAAGGCUUUUCUUGUUGGGAAGGACUUUGGAGCAUUUUCUGCAUUCAUGGUAGCUGUUACCCACCCUGAAAGGGUGUUAGGUGUCAUAACACUGGGCAUUCCUUUCCUCAUACCUGGUCCUCUUGGUAUCCAACUUGAUCUCCUCCCUAAAGGCUUCUACGUUAUAAGAUGGGCAGAACCAGGAAGAGCAGAAGCUGAUUUCGGCCGAUUUGAUGUUAAGACGGUCGUUAGAAACAUUUAUAUUCUCUUCUGCAGAAGUGAGUUACAAGUAGCCGGCGACAAUGAGGAGAUAAUGGAUUUGGUUGAUCCAUCAACUCCAUUGCCUCCAUGGUUCACAGAGGAAGAUCUUGAUGUCUAUGCAACUUCAUAUCAAAAUUCUGGUUUCCGAAAUGCACUGCAAGUUCCCUACAGGUGCAUUCAAUUGGAUUGUGGUAUAACCAACCCAAAAGUGAUAGCUCCAUCAUUGCUGAUAAUGGGGGAGAAGGAUUAUGUUAUGAAAUUCCCAGGAAUGGAAGAUUACAUGAGGAAAGGGAUAGUGAAGCAGUUUAUGCCUAAUCUGGACAUCACUUUCAUGCCAGAAGGGAAUCACUUUGUUCAAGAACAACUUCCAGAGCAGGUGAAUGAGCUCAUCCUCACUUUCCUCAACAAAAAUAGCUGUACCUGAUAUGAGCCUUAAAGGCGCAUGCUAAGGCAACUUGUUUUAGUACCAUCUGAUCUUAAGUCGACAUAUAUUAAGUCAAGAGAAAACUCGUAUAGAGUUUUUAUAAAUAAAAUGUAUUAAUCUCAAAAA